AAACCAUCGUCAUAGGUUAAUACAACAACAAAACACCACGAAAUUCUGUGUACUACCAGCUUCGUUCCAGAAGUGUCCCGAGGGAACACUGCUUGCUCCCGAGCCAUGAAUCGCUCACAGCAAGCCAGCUCAGGCAGAGCGCCUGAGCCGCCUUUACCACCUGCCUCAAACAGUAACGGGGAUGCGCUUGUUCAGUCGAUGAGACAAUUCUCUUUCAACACAGCAUCUGCAACAGCACUUCCGCCUUCUCCUCGCAUCUCGUCACCUCGUAGGAAUUCCAGCGUCCCAAAGGCACCAUCAACAAAUGAGAGGCGCAACCAAAGCCCAUUGCGGAGGAGCCCAAGUACUGCGAGCCUUGACACACGCUCCGCAUCACCAACACUGUUGCGCAAAGCGUCAAUGAACUCUCUCAAGAAUGCGGGGGCGGUUACACCGACGCGACCAUCGCCAGCGUCUUCCAGGAGAUCGUCAUCGGCGCAUAGGGCCAAUGGCCAGAAUCUGUUUGGGAAGUCGCCCCAUACGAACUUGGACGACACCCCGGAGGAGCCUCCUGUCACUGCGGAGUCAAUAGCGACCACAUAUUUUGCGAAAGAGCUCGCUCUUCAUACUUUGAGCGACGAACAGCGACCGGUGGAUACUAUUGCUAUUUUACACGAUGCUUGCUACGGACAUAGAUACUCGCGCCCACGUACGACACGGGCGGGGCUCAGUACGAUCGUCGAACGACCGGAGCGCAUACAUGCCAGCAUAUUGGGCGUAUGUGCAGCAUACGUGAGACUGGGAGAACGACAUGCAGAAGGCCGCUAUGCGCCACAUCCAAGACGGCACCCAUCGAACAGUCCCAGUAUACCCUUUCGCAUACAGAAGACCAGCCGCAAGCUCGAUCUCUCGUCUCCUGCGGUCACAAACGUACAUGGCACGAAGUGGAUGGAGGAGUUGAAGAUUAUGUGUAAUGCGGCAGAGUCUAAAUUGGCGAUGAAUGGGAAGGAAUUGGCAAGACCGCAGAUGAAUAGGGGCUCGGAUGGGGAACCUCAACAACUUCACGAAGGCGAUUUGUACCUUUGCGCCGAGUCAUUAAACGCGAUGGAAGGCGCUCUGGGAGCUGUCUGCGAAGGAGUGGAUACAGUCUUCAAUGGUUCACAAAAUGGAAAGGGCCCCAAGCAAGCGUUUGUUGUGAUUCGACCUCCAGGCCAUCACUGUGCAGCCAGUUACCCAUCAGGGUUCUGUUGGUUGAACAACGUACAUGUUGGAAUUGCUCAUGCAGCGCUAACCCAUGGACUCACACAUGCCGCGAUUAUCGAUUUUGAUCUCCACCAUGGCGACGGGUCGCAGGCCAUAGCAUGGGCACACAACUCUCGUGCAACAACCUUACCUAAGAAUGCAGCGGCGUGGAAGAAGACCUCUAUUGGGUACUUCAGUCUUCACGAUAUCAACUCCUAUCCUUGUGAGAUGGGCGAUGAGGAGAAAGUCAAAAAUGCCAGUAUCUGCAUUGACAAUGCGCAUGGCCAAAACAUCUGGAAUGUUCACCUCCAGCCCUGGAAGAGCGAGGCUGAAUUCUGGCACCUUUAUGAGACGAAGUACAUGGUUCUACUGGAGAAGACGAGGCUAUACCUGCGCGGGCAGACAGACCGUAUCCGCGAGUCUCAGUCAGCACUGAAGCCCAAGGCUGCCAUAUUCCUCUCUGCUGGCUUCGAUGCAAGCGAGUGGGAAAGCUCUGGUAUGCAACGCCAUAAAGUCAAUGUCCCAACAGAAUUCUAUGCGCGUCUUACGCGCGAUGUGAAGAGGAUCGCAGGAGAGGAGGGUUGUUCGGUCGAUGGCCGCAUUAUAAGUGUACUGGAGGGUGGGUACAGUAACCGCGCAUUGGCGAGUGGCGUUCUCAGCCAUAUCAGUGGCCUUGCCGGCUCUGAUCCCGAUGUGGUUGAGAGACCGGUCGAUCCAUCUGGUCUGGGAUUUGAAAUUGCCCAGCGCGCCGGUGCAUUGGGCCUGAAGACUGAGGAUCUGGAUAAUCAAGUUAAGCUAGCCUACGACCCGUCGUGGUGGGGAUUAUCACAGCUAGAGCUGCUGGAUUCGAUUGUCCACCCUCCCCCACCUCCGGAGCCAAAGAAAGUCAAGAGCAGCUCUCCGCCAACAUACUUCUCGCCAACCCAGGCGUCCAAUGCAAAGAUUGCAGAAUCACCGAAGCUAAGGCGCUCGUCCUCCAAUUAUUUUAAUGGCGGGUCACCGAGGCCUCCUACCCGGCCUCCUUCUCCACCUGCUCCUGAGGUUGGCUGGGCUACGGCAACACAUGAAUUGAGCAAACUUCUUAUACCAACAGACAGACAAACGAUGAGCUGCAAGCCUGAUGAACUGUCAGCUGAGGCAACACGUGUCAGGCGCGACCGCCAGUCUCUACUCACACCCCCGACAUCCACUGGCACUACCCCUGACAUAACACCAAGCACUCGAAUGAGCCUCAGAGAACGAAAGGCGCCCAAGCCAGUCGAUAAGGCGGCUGAGGAGAAAAAGGCGGAGGCUGUGGCACGAACCAGCCGCAGGAGAACCGUUGCUGGUGCUGCGGUAUUGGCCACCGACAAGGCAGCUGCACGUAGCGUUCCGAAGCCUGAACCUAGCUAUAAGCAGGCUACCAAGCAGUCGAGCAGGAGGCUUAGUCUCAUAUCAAACAGCUCUGCUGCAACGGAACCAGCAAGUGCAACUGCGUUGAGUGGCGCUCGGGUGGCAUCUCAACCCUCUCUUCCAAUCCGUCCAGGCAGCUCACAAAGUUGCAUUCUGCCCAAUACGACUGCAAGCUCGAGAGGCCCCUCCAUACCCGUUAAGAAAACCAGAGCUCCGGCUAGUUCUCGUGAUGCGCCAAAGACAGCCCGUGCCGCUUCAAGGGCAUCUGUUGCUACCAAGCCUAGAGCAUCUGCUUCCAAUACCGCUGCCGAGGCCCGUCAGCGACAAACUUCUGCGCAACAGCCAACGAAUGCCCCCGCUGCUUCAGCUGAUGCAGACAUCGAUAGUUUGACAGCCGGCAUGAAGAAGGUCAAGAUAAAUCUUACGACGAAGGCACAACGUGACGCCAAGGCAGCAGCAGCGGCCGCAGUAGCUAAUAUGCCAGCACCAAAUGCCUCAGCACCGCCACCAUCCGAUGCGGCUGUGACAGCAUCUCAGACAGCUCAUGGGAUUCCCGAGCUGCCUCAAUUUGGCCAACCGGGAACACCACCUAGACAGCCACUGUCCCGGACGGGUUCUUACAUGAGCGAACUCCCACCGCCAACCCCUGAGCCUUUAACCCCCCACCCCUCCAUCGCCGACCGCCUCCAGCAGCUACAGGUAGCCACAUCAGCUCCUCUUCCCACGAGCUCGCCGCCCAGAUCUCUCCGAAGAUCUUCAUCCGUGUCUACUGCUCGUACCUUCACAUCCACCACACCACCGCAUCCACAAGCCGCAGCUCCAUCGAGCAAUGUCUUCAUCCCUUACCAACCCGAAGGCCCGACUCCCAAAGCUGGCCCACGGGACGAGAAGCUGAAGUGGUUGGAGCCCAACACCGCAACGCCCGCCAUGAGCCCAGCGAAGAGGGGCGAUCUUCCUGUCUUCUCGAGCACCGGCGCUAUUCCGUUUGCAGUGAAGAGGCAAAUCAGUGGCAGCGAGACGAAGAGGGAGGAUGAUAUCUGGGAGGUCCCUGAGACGCCAGGGAAAAUGUAAGAGGUGGAAUUGUGCCAUUAUUAUUGUAUUGCACACCGAUUUGUUUAUAGGGCUCAUUUUGUGCCCCUAUUGUUAUUUGCGAGAUGCCGUUCUGUGAACGGCGUGGAUGGGAUUUGUUUUCUGGUUUCCUGGUGGUUAUCACUUUGUAAUUAUCAUGAUACCCCUUUUUACUUCGUUUCUUGCCUGGGAAAGUUUAUUUAUCUUAAGUAGUCCUAGUUACUCUCAUCGAAUAUUAUUAAAAGCGG